GUCGAGGAGAGCUUUGUGCAGAUAUGGAUAAACCUCUUCUAUGACUAAUGGAUGCCAUUGCUUUCCCUGGCAGCGAGACAUGUCUGGGACCCAGGCAGAGCCCCCAGCACAGCCCUUCCCUUGGUGAACACUGUCUCGUGUGGAUUAUUUUGAAGACUGAGGAGAAGUUACUUGCAGUCGCCCGGAAGGAAGUGGGGAAAGCCCUGAAAGAAGCCUUUGAAGUUGGGAAAACCCCUUGUGCAGAUGGUGCAGUCGUUCAGAUACUAACAGAGAAGACGGAGGCUGCCUGUCGUGUCAGUGAGAGCCUGAGCGAGAAAGUGGAAGCAGCGUGCCUGGAAGAGUGCCUGAAGUUCCUGGAGAGCUAUGAAAAUGAAGUGAGAAGCUUUCUCCAGCUCGAUGGCUGCUCAGGGAUCUGCAGUGGCUUACGAAUCCUGGAGAACUGCUGCAUUCUCAGGACUAUCUGGCAUAAGCUAACAUACAUAUGCAGUGCCAGCACUGGUCAAGAUGUUAAGGUAAAUGGAUUUCUAGACAGGAUGGAAGAUGACAUUACAGAGCAUUUUCUGCAGACAAUCACUUCUAAAGUCAAGAGAACACUGAAGGAGCACUUCAAAAAGUGUGACAGUGGUUUUGACCACAUCGUUGAAUCCUUAAAGCAAAGCUUUUUGGCAUUUGGGAAGAAAAAAACAGGCACGUAUGAGGCCCUCGUCAAGGCUGUCAACGCCAUCGUUAUUACAGAAUAUGUUCAGGCCCUCCUGACCACUUCCAGGAAACCAUCUUCUGUGCAGAGGAAGAAGAUUGUCAGCAAGUUAGAAGAAGACCAUAGGAUGCUGCAAACUUUCUUUAUAGAGUGCUUAGGUCCUGCAGCUGGUCCCCUCAAGGAUCCCAUAAAAGCAAUUUUAGAACUCAUUCAGGCUUCUGAUGCUGAGGGGAUGAAAAUAGCCCUUCUCCUCAUUCUCAAAGAAUUUCCUGGUCUAAGGAAGGAAGAUCUGAGUGCAGUGCUGGACAUCAAAGUCUCACUCAGCCGAGAAGAUAGAGCUGCUGUCUUGAAGGCAUUUCAAGAUAAUUGCCGGGAAUCAGAAAGACAAACAAACUUGCUUUUUGCAGAUAUAGAAGUAAAACCCAGAAAAUGCGGACUCUGCAUCUGCCUCUGCUGUUAGCAAAGGCACGCUGUGUGAGAAACAUGAGGUCUCACUCCCACAUGGCAGCAUCCGCAAUCACAAAUCCUUGAAAACUUCAGGGACCCAUGUAGCCGGAUGCAUGGAGAAACCUGACAGCUAUGGAAGGCACAAUUCCUGCACUUUUACAGGAGAACCAGGUGGCCCCAAUCCUGAUCUUCUAUGCAAAGUACAGGCAGAAGAUGAAUGGGUUUCCUUCAAAAUUUCCUAGAGAUUGCCACUUAGCUGAGUCCUGGUGGUUAUUCCCAGGCUGUGGCAUGGUGAUGCAUGGAGGAGGAGGAAAGUUCCCCCUUACCAAAAUUCUGUCUCCAUUCCUUGUUUCACGUGCUCUCUCACGAAACCAGGGACUGCUGCACCACACCAUGUCCCAGAAGAUGACAUGGCACCACAACCUCCCCCCAGGGACCCACGACCCUCUGUUAGGGAAACCUGCCUAGCCCAUGGUGCCAGCAAUGCCUGUGGGUUUGGGCACCUGGAUGCACCCUCCGAAGCCUGACCUGUACCAGGAGGGGUGCAGACAGAGCUGCCUCUCCCCUCGCUCCCCAAACAUAAAGGCUGCAACCUGCUUUGGGGGCAGCGUGCCAUGGCACUGGCUGUGGGACAGGGAGCUCUCCCCCUAUGAGUUUUACAGCUGGCUCUGUAGCAGCAUCUUGCAUUCAUUUUUAUACCUCAGUUACUGGAAAUUUCCUUUUGGAGAGGGAGGGGAAAGCUUCAUGGGAAGCAGGCAGUGAAAGGAGUUGUUUGUCCCAGCCUUCAGGCAAGGUCUGUUCUGUUUUCAGAUGUAAAUAGGCAGUUCCACCGGAAAAACACUUACUUUUCUUCCCAGUUAUCUAUGGACUGGUCAAAACCUCCACACUGGAUUUGGUUCCAGGCCUUCCUUUGCUAUUGUGCUAAUAUAGGCCAUUACCGCUCCUCUCUGGACGUGUAAACAAGCAAAACCAGUGCUUUUUUGAGCAGCCAUUCCCCCUCAAAUCUCCUUCCCUAAAAAAGGACAGGGAAAAUUUGUUGAUAAGUUGUCAGUGUGUGAGGUGAGGGGACAUGUCAGGCCCUGGGAGCCUGGGAAAGUGCAGACUCUGGUGGGUGCUGCCACGCUCUGCAGUGCCGUGCCGUCAGCCAGGGACACGGGUGUCCCCGCUCGGAGGCAGCUUGUCCCCCCGGAGCCCUUCGUGCAGAUGGGGUCCUGUGAGCUUGACAGGAGCCAGGACAGGUUUAUAAUGGUCAUCAGCUUUGCUCCUGGCACAGUGCUGAGCAUGGGGCGAGUGGCAGAGACUCGGGAAGGAACAGGCGGCUCCAUCUCUAGGGAUCUCCCCCUCUGCAGGCUUUCGGGGCACCGUGAGACCUCAGCGUUGUUACACUGCGUCCCUCACAUCAUAAAGGGGCAGUGAGAGCCCCAUACCCGGCCUCCCCUUCCUGACUGCAUGUCUGCUUCAAAGGCCCAGCUCCUGUCACCCUUGCAUUUUAUAGCUGUCCGCUGCAGCUUCAGUGAGUCCUUUCCUGUGACGUGGGGGAGCUGGCGGAGCUGCAGCCUGGCUGGUGGGCGUGGGUCGGGCUGCAGGCCUGGGCAGACACCUGCCCUCUGAAGGAUGCCAGCCCCCUUGGGCACACUGAGCCAGUCACCCUCCCCUCCUGCCUAAUUUCCCAUUUUUUUUUCAAGGGUGGGAAGGGAUGACAGACCUGACUGCGACAGCAGGGUUGGAGUCAGCCUCUGCCAAUGGGGAUUUCAAGUAACUAGCCUUCCAGAGAAAAUAAAUAAAAACCCCUCUGACAUUUUGACCACGAUCGGGAUAAAAAUAAUCCCACAGCACGCAGAUGGCUCCUGCCAUGUACAUGUCACUGUCUGUGUACGUCUCUACCAUUUGACAUUUUGCUGUCAGAGGAGGGUAUAUUCUGCUUGCAAGCAGUGGCUGGGAGCCGUGGGGGGCGCUGGGCUUGCCACUGGUGACCCUGCAGAUGAGGUGGCUGGGGACAAGCCCUGUGCCAUCACAACUGCCGCUGUGCCUGUCCUUGCUGGGCAGGCAGGGGACGGCCAGCACCUUCUGCUCUGUGCAGAAAAGCACCCCUUUCAGUGAGGUUUCUUAGCAGCAAGUUUACCUCUGCCCUGUGUGCAGCAUCCAGUUGCAGAGAGGGCAAAUAAAGACUCGAAUUUCUCCUUGA